GGUGUCUGCAGGGCCCCGAGGACAGCGCUUCCCAUACGGUUUCGGGAAACUUAUUUAUAGGAUGAACUGAGUGUUAGGCGGGGAGGGAAGCGCAGAGGCGGGCGCGCGCAGGUGGAUCGGUCUGCAGCGCGCGCGUUCCUCCGCACGGCAUUAACUUGGUUACCUGCGCGCGCUGAGUUCUUUCUAUUAAAAGUUGCCUUCUCAGAGGAUCAGCAUGACGCAGGAAAAUAGCGGGACUAGAAACGCACAUGUGGAUGAGGAGAGUUUUGAGGAUGCAUUUGAAGGAAUACCUGAAGCAUCUCAGAUGGACCUGAAGACUGCAAUACAAGAGUGUUGCAUGGCUCUUAGUCUCUUUCUGAACAACAGGUUCUGUGAUGCUCUUGACCUUCUGAGACCAUGGGCAAAGAAGAGCAUGUACCACGCCUUGGGGUACAGCAGCAUCCUGGUCAUGCAAGCAGGGCUGACCUUUGCACACAAGGACAUCCAGACUGCCAUGGAGGCAUUGAGGGAAUCCCUGGAGACCUGCCAGGGGUUCCGGAAGAAGAACACUGUUGUUGAGACUAUAUCCAACCUGGUUUACAGACAAGGUGCAGAAAAUUUCACUGAAGAGGAGAUGCAUGCUGAAAUCUGUUAUGCUGAGACCUUGAUGCAGAAAGCUGCUCUUAGUUUUGUGGAGGAUGAGAGCAUGAUCAGCUUUCUCAAGGCUGGGAUCAAAAUUCGGACGAGUUACCUGAUGUACAAAGAAUGCCAGAAUCUCUUGAACACAUCCCAGGACUUGACAGCCAGUGAAACCUUUAACCACUUUAAAGGAGGGAUCAAUAUGGGGAUUGGAUCUUUUAAUCUGAUGUUGUCCCUUCUGCCCAGCAGGGUCCUCAGGUUGCUGGAAUUUAUUGGCUUCUCAGGAAACAGGGAGGUGGGGCUCUCGCAGCUGCGCCAGGGUGCUACCAACCAAAGCCUGCGCUCCAUCCUCAGUGCACUCACCUUGCUCAUGUACAACACCUACGUGACAGUCAUACUGGGGACUGGGGAAGGUAACCUGGUGGAAGCUGAGGCCCUAUUACAGCCCUACCUGGAGAAGUUCCCCAAUGGAUGCAUCAUCUUGUUUUAUGUGGCCAGGAUUGGGGUGCUUAAAGGGAACUUUGAAAUGGCCCAGGCAAAGUUUCUACAGUGCAUUGCAAUACAGCAGGAGUGGAGGCAGGUGCACCACCUGUGUUACUGGGAGCUGAUGUGGAUCCACUGCUUUCAGCAACAGUGGAUGGAGGCCUACCGCUAUGCUGACCUUCUGUCCAAGGAGAGCAAGUGGUCACAGGCUACCUAUGUGUUCCAGAAAGCAGCCAUUCUUAGCAUGCUUCCAGAGGAAGAGGUGCAGAAAACAGGGGAGGACGUGACAGACUUAUUCAGACAGGUGGACAGCCUGAGGCUGAGAAUGGCGGGAAAGUCCAUUCCAACCGAGAAGUUUGCUGCAAGAAAGGCACGUCGCUAUUGUUCCCCAACCCCAGUGAAGCUGGUGAUUCCUGCAUUGGAAAUGAUGUAUGUAUGGAACGGUUUCACCAUUGUUGGGAAGCGAGCAGAACUGACAGAGAGCUUGCUCAGCACCAUCGAGAAAGCAGAAGAGAAACUUCGUGAAUACCACAGUCCCACUGAAUACUGCACUGAUGACCAAUGCCUUGUCCAGCUGUUGAAGGGCCUCUGCCUGAAACAUCUAGGCCGCCAUCUGCAGGCUGAGCUCUGCUUCACACAGGUGAUCUCCAGUGAGAAGAGAAUUAAAUAUGAUCAUUACUUGGUUCCCUUCAGCCUUUAUGAACUGGGUCUGCUUUAUAAAAUGCAAGGUGACAUUCCAAAAGCAAUCACGUUCAUAGAAAAUGCAAAGCAAGACUACAAGAAGUAUUCCAUGGAGUCAAGGCUGCACUUUCGGAUCCAUGCUGCUCUUGACAGCAUGACAAGCUCUCCAAUCAUUGCAAAAUGACCUCAAGACUCACUUGCCAGCCAAUAGAAGGUUAUCAGAUAAAUUCAAAAUGUAUACCUUAACAAACCAAAACUUUUUAAAGUUAAUUGUAUUUAGGAUUUGGCAGGUAAUUAAAUUGUGUGGAUCCAUUAUUCUCAGUGACUGUUGUAGGAAACUUGAAUGAAACUCUUUUGUCUCCUUUUCUAAUUAUUGCUUUAAUUUUUAUAUAAGAAUAUAUUUCAUUAUUUCAUAUGCUUCCUGGACAGGCUCCAGACAACUAUAACCCUGAAUUAGGACAGUUUGUAAAAACUGAAAAUUUGGAGGCAACAUGUCAUGUGCUGUAACUAUGAAAAAUGCUUUCUCUGGAAAAAUGCUUUGCCAAUAAAAAAAGUUAACAUUAAA